AUGGCGGUGGUGGUGGUGGUGGUGUCCCGUGGUGGACCCACCCCGGUGAUAUCCCGUUGGCCGUUUUUCGACGUUCGGUUGGAGGUUGGUCCCGUGGAGGUGUCGGGUGGUGGUAGUUGGCGCGCCGAGCUGGGAACGGAGGUUGGGCUGCGCGGGAGCACCACCCGGGAGCAUCCCGAGAGGCAACAGCAGGAAGAGGAGGAGGGGGAGGAGGAGGAGGAUGUUUGUCAGGAUGUUGGUAAUGUUGCGAUGAUGGAACACAUCAAUCUGGAGGUCCCGGAUCUGGAGGUGGCCCGGCUGUUCUACGGGGAGGGGUUGGGUCUCACCGCCGACCCUGGCACCUCCGGGCCUCAGAGGGGGGGGCUGCAUGUGAUGUGGUACAACUGCGGAAGGCAACAGGUGCUGCCCUCCGGGGGUUCCGUGGUGGGCCUGGUGAUGCCGGGGGAGGUGGCGGAGGUGGCGGAGAGGAUGGAGGGUGUACGGAAGCUGCUGGGGGACGUGGCACUCACCCACGCCGGAGGCGAUACCCUAGAGGUCGUCGACCCGUACGGCAAUACCUUCGCCGUACAUUCCUCCUUGCCGUACUUCCCCCGGGGCCGCCGGGGCAUCGCGUAUGUGCAGCUGCCCUGCUUCCCUGGCACGGCGCGCCACAUCGCCACCUUCUACGCGACCAGGCUGGGUGCCCGCUGCCGCGUCAGUGAACAAGACCCCACCACCACCUCCACCACCUCCACCACCGCUACCACGACCCCGGCGGCAGCGCUUACAGCCACAAGUAGGGGCAGUGGCCGCGGCGGUGGCGGCGGUGGCGGCGGUGGCGGGUCCCGGUUCCCCCUCCGUGCCGAGGUGGUGGUGGGCCCGGGUCAGAAGCUGGUGUUUGUGGAGCAGAGCCGCCUGGGAGCCGGCUCCCGGGAGGAUGUGGCACCACCCAACCGCUUCAUCCUGAACCCCCAAAAGGCAGUGACGUCCUUGUUCGGCGGCUGGCACCUAGCCAUGUACGUGGCGGACUUCUCCCGUACAUUCCGUGCCGUACACCACCCCAACCGACCGCCGUUCAACGAGCACCCGUACAGGGACAAGUACGGCAACCUUCAAGACGCGCUCCGGAACCGGCAGUUCCGCUUUCAGGACAUAAUUGCGACGGAGCCGGGGGCUGAGGGUGAUGGGAAGGGGGAGGGGGAUGAGGAGGUGCUGCUGUACCGCAUCAGCCACGAGAUACGCAGCCUGCACCAUCCGCUGUACGGUAGACCGCUGUACGGCAGGGAGACCGGAUUCGUCUGA